GUGGCACUGUGGGUGUGGGCUUUAAGAACACUCAUCCUAGUGGAAGGGAGUAUUCUGCUAGCAGCCUUCAGAUGAAGAUGUAGAACUCUCAGUUCCUCCUGCACCAUACCUGCCUGGAUGCUGCCAUGUUCCCACCUCGAUGAUAAUGGACUGAACCUCAGAAUCUGAGGACUUCUGCUGUUGGACAAAAGAAAGAAGUGUAGCAAGAAGGACAAGCAUCAGAGGAGAUACGGCCAAUCAAGAACCCUUGUGUAUUCUUGCAGUAGACCAUCUGUGCAGACCCCACUGCCUGUUCCUCAAUUUAAAUACCAUAUGAUUCAGCAACUUUACCUCUGUAUUGUCCAACAGAACUGAAAGCAAGGCCUUGCUUUCACAGUACCCAAAGAAUGGAAGAAACUCAAUGUCCACUAAUGAAUGGACUCAUAAAACAUACAGGCAACGAUGGGAUAGUAUUUAGCUUUCAAAGGGAAGGAAAUUAACACAUGCUUUAACAUAAAGGAUGUUGAGACCAUUAUAUUAUGUGAAAUAAAUCAGUCUAAAAACAGGUGAAGAGCUUAAAUGACUUUUCUACAGUAAUCAAAUUUACAUACACAAAAGUAGACUGGUAGUUCCACAGUCUGACGAGAAGACAUAACCGGGGAGAUGCUUACUGGGAUUAGGGGUGAAGUUCAACCAGAGGAAAUGUUCAAGGUAUAAGUAGUAUGAAAUGAAACCAACCUAUAUACUUAAAGUGUUUGACAGUAACUUCUACAUUGCAUAUUUUUUGACACUUAAAAACAAGUCGAACAAGACCAACUACACAAUCUUGGUCUUGUAUUCCAUAAGAUAAGCCAAGCAGAAGGAGAAAGUCCCAAGGGCCAUUUUUAACACACUGGCAAACACUCUACACAACUGGUUUCCUCUCAACUUGGAUUUCACCUUCCAGAAGCUGCCACUUGGCUCUGACUCCUGGAUGAAGCCAGAGAGAGAAGCCCCUUGGAGACUCGAAGCCCUGGAGGGGAUUUGGGAGCAAAAAAGAAAAAGAAGAAACAGAAGAGAAAAAAGGAGAAGCCAAACUCUGGGGGUACCAAGUCCGACUCCGCAUCUGACUCCCAGGAGAUUAAGAUUCAGCAGUCUUCUAAACACAACGCCAUCUGGCAGCAGAUUUCAGCAGGAGCAGCCAUGGCUUCCCUCUUGGCCUCACGUGAUCAGUGCUCCACUAGACAUAACUUCCAAGAAUCCCACCAUCCCUAUUCAGAAGCUACAGGACAUCCAGAGAGCAAUGGAGCUGCUCUCUGCAUGCCAAGGCCCAGCCAGGAACAUUGAUGAGGCCACAAAACGCAGAUACCAGUUCUGGGACACACAGCCAGUGCCCAAAUUGAAUGAAGUCAUAACAUCUCAUGGUGCAAUUGAACCAGACAAAGACAAUAUCCGCCAGGAACCGUAUUCUUUGCCACAAGGUUUCAUGUGGGACACAUUAGACUUGAGUAAUGCUGAAGUGCUCAAGGAGUUGUACACGUUGCUGAACGAGAAUUAUGUGGAAGACGAUGACAAUAUGUUCCGCUUUGACUACUCACCUGAGUUUCUCUUGUGGGCUCUGCGUCCCCCAGGAUGGCUUCUGCAGUGGCACUGUGGGGUCCGAGUGUCUUCCAAUAAAAAGUUAGUAGGCUUCAUAAGUGCCAUCCCAGCAAACAUCCGAAUUUAUGACAGUGUGAAGAGGAUGGUGGAAAUCAACUUUCUUUGUGUGCAUAAGAAACUGAGAUCCAAACGGGUAGCCCCUGUGUUAAUCCGGGAAAUAACUAGAAGAGUGAACCUGGAAGGCAUCUUUCAGGCCGUGUAUACUGCAGGAGUGGUUCUCCCUAAGCCUGUGGCCACAUGCAGGUAUUGGCACCGAUCCCUAAACCCCAGGAAACUGGUGGAAGUGAAAUUUUCUCAUCUGAGUAGAAACAUGACCUUACAGAGAACGAUGAAGCUUUACAGACUUCCAGAUGUUACAAAGACUUCAGGUCUGAGACCGAUGGAACCAAAAGAUAUCAGAGCAGUCCGAGAGCUAAUCAACGUCUACUUGAAGCAGUUUCAUCUAGCUCCAGUGAUGGGAGACGAAGAAGUGGCCCACUGGUUCCUCCCCAGGGAGCACAUCAUUGACACCUUUGUGGUGGAGAGCCCCAGUGGGAAGCUGACCGACUUCCUGAGCUUCUACACACUCCCCUCCACGGUUAUGCACCACCCCGCUCACAAGAGCCUCAAGGCUGCCUAUUCCUUCUACAACAUUCACACAGAGACGCCCCUGCUGGACCUCAUGAACGACGCGCUCAUUAUAGCCAAAUUGAAAGGAUUUGAUGUGUUCAAUGCACUAGAUUUGAUGGAAAAUAAGACCUUCUUGGAAAAGCUCAAGUUUGGUAUAGGAGACGGCAACUUACAGUAUUAUUUGUACAACUGGAGGUGUCCAGGGACAGACUCUGAAAAGGUUGGACUUGUUCUACAGUAGAUGGAUGUUAUUCCUAGAAGGCUGACAUUCUCGUUUGUUAGUGUUCUAUCUAGUGAUGCCUGGAACUGUCAUUCCAAAGAAGAAUAAAAGCACAAGUUGAGUGAAACUGGAGUAGUUGCUAACAAUCAGAACAGAUGGCCAGUUGUACACAUUUCUAGUUAGGGUAUUGGGAGCCAGUCUCCACUGUUGGCUAACGUGGGAGGGAUUAAAGGUGUCUGAGAGCUCUCACGGUAGAGAGAGGAUGUUGUCUGUCUACUCUAGAAAUGGUUCUGUCUCUGUGAACCAAACAAGUGGCAGCAUCAUGUUAUGGCCUCUGCUGUUGGGAGAGCCACUGCUGCUUUCUGUGUGUUAAAUGGUGAUAUACUUGUAAAACAGACAAGGAUCCAUGUGUAUCACCCGACAUGAUGCUACUGGGAAUGUUUAUAGAGUUGACAUGUGGUAGAUACUUACUUAAGGAGCAAUAUGAAAAUGUACCAGUGACUUAGCACACUUACUAUCCCAUAAGCAUAGUAGCCAAACCAGUCAUACACAGCUUUGUCUUUUGCUCUUCAGCCAGUGGAUUGUUUCAAAAGCAGAGUUUGGGGCAUUUGUUCAGUGUGCUCACUAAAGGGUACACAGCUGACGGAUCAGACCUUGGGGCUGCUGUGCAAUCUCAUUUCUCAGCAAUGUCAAGGAUGUGUGAGGGAAAGGAAGUCAAAGCUCUAAGGUCAGAUCAAAGACCCAGCGGUGGAGUAGUGCUGUCAGCACACAGAUGGUCUGAAUGUUUUUAUUAUGCAAAAUUGCACAUGUUCCUUUAUGCUGACUUUAAUUUAUCAUGAAAAUUGUCAUGCUAAUGGAAAAUGUCUUACUUGUAAAUAAGUAUUCAUAAUUUUGUUACUGAAGUUGUUUUUACCUAGAACUUAAAAACCAAGUUUCACAGUGUAUAUAUGUGUGUAUAUGCUGCCACUAAUCCAAGGGAAAAUAAACUACUCGACACGGCCAUUGUAUAGACUGGGCCUUUGAGUCAGAUGCCACAAAGUAGAUCUUCUUCCUGCCUUUACUGCAGUGCCUCCGCUCCAGUCCAGACAUGGCAUUCCCUUCCCUACUAGAAAGGAGUCACCAAAUGUGACCUGUAGGCUGUCCCCCCUGUUGGCUGCUCUUUACAGCUCACAAACUGAGAGCUUUUGGCUUUUUUUUUUUUUUUUUUUUAAUGGUUGGGGGAAAUAGUCCAAAGAAUGACGUUUUGUAGCAUGCAAAUCUUAGGAAAUCCAAACAUUGUAUCAGAUUACAGCCACACCUUCAUUAUGUCCUACCUAUGGUUGCCUCAUGCUACAAAGGGAAAUCAAGUAGUUGUCACAGACUGGGCUGUACAUUGCCUACAAAGUUCGAAUGUUUGCUCUCUGGCCUCCUGUGGACAGGUCCUAAAUAGGCCACAAAUUGUGCCAUCCCUGAUAACACCACUAGAGGGGGCACCUGGGCCCCACAAGUGGUGCAGAAGUGGGACCAGUACUGUUUCUAGACACAUGACAGAUUUCUCACUUUAUACCAUGCCCAACUGUGUCGAAUUUUUAACCGAACACCUUCAGGAAAUGAAACUACCUAUUCAUUGCAGCACUAUUUAGAAAGUCAGUGAGUUUGUCGAUCUAGAUUUACAACUCUUUGGGAAUUAGUACACUCAUUUUUAUGUCUAAUACAAAUUGAAUUUUCAGGUCAGAAUUUCCAAUCAGGAAUUUUGUCGUGGGCUUAUUUAUUAUUUACCUCAUGAAGAAACUGUUAACCAUUCCUUUAGAGAUUGUUAUUGUAGAACUGUUACUUUAAAUACACUAAUAGUUAACGGUGGUGUCUUCAUAAUUUAAGCACAUGAGCAGUUGGUAUUUUAGAGAAUCCGUAACCAGGGCAACUGCUUGAGUAUAAAUAGCUAUUAAAACCAAAUGUAAAAGGAAGUCUCAAGUGAAGUUACACUGCCCUGUACUCCAUAUCCAAAUUGUGCUGUAAGGUUUCUUCCCUUCAAAACAGGAAAUUUGUCACCAAGAGGAACAAAGUGGGACAGCCUGUGAGUUCACCCAAAACUUGGGAUGAAAAAGUUUUAACAAUACCCUCUUACCUCCUAAACUACAGAAUGAUUUUCAGAGUGGAUUUGUAAAGCACCGACAGCCCCACUCCCCGCCUGAAAGACCCAUCAAUGUCUGUCCUCUCCCCAUCUGGGUGCCAUCUAGGUUACUACUGUAGCUAAGUCUGGCUUAGGUUUUGUUGCUGUUUGUAGUUUGUUGGCUUUGCUUUUUGUUUGGUUUUGGUGCUAGGGAUCAAGCCAGGGAUUAUAUGUGCUGGUAAGCACAUAUUCUGCCAUAGAGCUGUGCCCUGAUGUACUUUCGAUAGAUGUUACCUGUUACAAGGAAGUUAAUGGUGUGCAGGGAGGGAAUUCUCAUCCAGACAACCUAUCAGGCUUCUUUUCUCUGUCAGUCAAGCCUUUCUGCCAAGCCUGUGUGCAUCAGUGCUUACCUACAGAGAAAGCCAAAUUACCAGAGUAAAAAUGACAUGGCGCUCCUGAGGACAGUGUACCGCUUAGCAUUUAGUGUCUCUCCCUUGUAGCUGAGAGCCUUCCUCAGCUGUUCACCCACCUUGCUAGACCAUGUCUGUGGCUCAUUUUCCAAGUUUGGUAGAGAUCUGUUAAGUGCUGUAGGAAACUGAUGUUCUUGCAAGCAAGCAUUGUAGCAGCCUUUAAAGCAGCAAAUUUAUAUGUGCAUGGACAUUAGGCUUAAUAAACUUUGGUUUUGUUAA